CUUUCAACAGCACCAGAAGGAGGAAGGCUCUCACUGGUGUUGUGCAAGACUCUCUUAACACAGCCACAGGACACGCAGAAGUGAGGAGCGCACAGUUUAAAAGGGUUUUUGAAAAAGUCGGAACAUUAAAGAUAAAGUAGCCCAGUCGCUGUUUACACGCGACAAUGGGAGUUGGGGAUGAUCGAGACGAGUAUGAGUUGGCGGCGACUUCAGAGGGUGGGAAGAAGGAGAAAAAAAAGAAGAAGGAGAAAGAUAUGGAUGAGCUGAAGAAGGAAGUAAAUCUGGAUGAUCAUAAAUUGACUUUGGAAGAGCUCAACCGUAAAUAUGGUACCGACUUGAGCAGGGGUCUCACAAAUGCUCGUGCAGCAGAGAUCCUCGCCCGUGAUGGACCUAAUGCCCUCACUCCACCUCCAACCACCCCAGAGUGGGUCAAGUUCUGUAAGCAGAUGUUUGGAGGUUUCUCCAUGCUGUUGUGGACAGGUGCCAUUCUGUGCUUUCUUGCUUAUGGCAUUCAGGCAGCAAUGGAAGAUGAGCCUGCCAAUGACAACCUUUAUUUGGGAGUUGUGCUCUCUGCUGUGGUCAUCAUCACAGGAUGUUUCUCAUACUAUCAAGAGGCCAAGAGUUCUAAAAUCAUGGACUCCUUUAAGAAUUUGGUUCCCCAGCAAGCGUUAGUUGUCCGUGACGGUGAGAAGAAGAACAUUAAUGCUGAAGAUGUGGUGGUCGGUGAUCUGGUAGAAGUGAAAGGUGGUGACAGAAUUCCUGCUGACAUAAGAAUCAUAGCCUCACAUGGCUGUAAGGUGGACAACUCUUCUCUUACUGGAGAAUCAGAGCCUCAGACACGUUCCCCGGAUUUCUCAAAUGAUAACCCUCUGGAGACUAGGAAUAUUGCCUUCUUUUCUACAAACUGUGUAGAAGGGACUGCACGUGGCAUUGUUAUCAGCACUGGGGAUCGUACUGUAAUGGGCCGUAUCGCCACACUUGCGUCUGGUCUAGAGGUUGGCCGUACCCCCAUCUCCAUUGAGAUUGAGCAUUUCAUCCACAUCAUCACCGGCGUGGCUGUCUUGCUGGGAGUCUCUUUCUUUGUUUUGUCUCUUGCUCUCGGUUAUUCCUGGUUGGAGGCAGUUAUCUUUCUUAUUGGGAUCAUUGUUGCCAACGUACCUGAAGGUCUUCUUGCGACAGUGACGGUUUGUCUCACGCUUACAGCCAAACGUAUGGCUAAGAAGAACUGUUUGGUUAAGAAUCUAGAGGCCGUUGAAACGCUGGGCUCAACCUCAACCAUCUGCUCGGAUAAGACUGGCACCUUAACACAGAAUCGCAUGACCGUAGCUCACAUGUGGUUUGAUCAUCAUAUCCAUGAAGCUGACACGACGGAAAACCAGAGCGGGACUUCAUUUGACCGUAGCUCGCCCACCUGGAACUCUUUGGCACGCAUUGCCGGGCUCUGCAACAGGGCAGUGUUCCUGGCGGAGCAAACUGAUGUGCCAAUUCUGAAGAGAGAUGUAGCUGGAGAUGCAUCUGAGUCGGCUCUGCUGAAAUGCAUCGAGCUUUGCUGUGGAUCCGUGAAGGAAAUGAGAGAAAAAUACACCAAAAUGGUGGAAAUACCUUUCAACUCUACCAACAAAUACCAGCUGUCAGUGCACAAGUACCCCAAUGGUAGCUCAGAGUCUAAACACCUGCUGGUGAUGAAAGGAGCUCCAGAGAGAAUCCUGGACCGCUGUGCUACCAUACUGAUCCAGGGGAAGGAGCAACCUUUGGAUGAUGAAAUGAAAGAAGCCUUCCAGAAUGCAUACCUGGAACUUGGAGGUCUUGGUGAAAGAGUAUUGGGAUUCUGUCAUUACAGCCUCCCGGAUGAUCAGUUUCCAGAUGGCUUUCAGUUUGAUACGGAACAUGUGAAUUUCCCCACUGAGAAUCUGUGCUUUGUGGGUCUCAUCUCAAUGAUUGAUCCUCCCCGUGCUGCUGUACCUGAUGCUGUAGGCAAAUGUAGAAGUGCUGGAAUCAAGGUUAUCAUGGUAACCGGUGACCAUCCGAUCACAGCCAAAGCUAUAGCUAAGGGUGUCGGCAUUAUCUCAGAGGGUAACGAGACUGUGGAAGACAUUGCUGCUCGCUUGAAUAUCCCUGUCAAUGAGGUCAACCCCAGAGAUGCAAAAGCUUGUGUGGUUCAUGGUGGAGACUUGAAGGAUCUUGAUUGUGAACAGCUAGAUGAUAUUCUGAAAUAUCACACAGAGAUUGUGUUUGCCAGAACCUCACCACAGCAGAAACUGAUUAUUGUUGAGGGCUGUCAGCGCCAGGGAGCCAUUGUGGCUGUAACAGGUGAUGGCGUGAAUGAUUCUCCAGCGCUAAAGAAGGCUGAUAUCGGUGUUGCUAUGGGCAUCGCUGGCUCAGAUGUGUCCAAACAAGCUGCAGACAUGAUCCUGCUAGAUGACAACUUUGCCUCAAUCGUCACGGGUGUAGAGGAAGGUCGUCUGAUCUUUGACAACUUGAAAAAGUCCAUCGCCUACACUCUGACCAGUAACAUCCCUGAGAUCACACCCUUCCUGUUCUUCAUUAUCGCCAACAUCCCCCUGCCGCUAGGAACUGUUACCAUACUGUGUAUUGACCUGGGAACAGACAUGGUCCCUGCUAUUUCACUGGCAUACGAGGCUGCUGAGAGUGAUAUUAUGAAGAGGCAGCCCAGAAACCCUAAAACAGACAAACUAGUGAAUGAAAGACUUAUUAGCAUUGCAUAUGGACAAAUAGGUAUGAUUCAGGCUCUGGCUGGUUUUUUCACAUAUUUUGUCAUCCUUGCUGAAAAUGGCUUUUUACCAUCAAGACUACUAGGAAUUCGUGUAUAUUGGGAUGACAAACAUGUUAAUGACCUAGAAGACAGCUAUGGGCAGCAGUGGACAUAUGAACAAAGAAAGAUCGUGGAGUUCACGUGCCACACCGCAUUCUUCACCAGCAUCGUAGUCGUGCAAUGGGCAGAUCUGAUAAUCUGCAAGACCAGACGCAAUUCAGUCUUCCAGCAGGGAAUGAGGAACAAAAUCCUGAUUUUUGGAUUAUUUGAAGAAACCGCUUUGGCAGCUUUCUUGUCUUACUGCCCUGGAAUGGGUGUGGCUCUUAGAAUGUACCCACUCAAGCCCAAUUGGUGGUUUUGUGCCUUCCCAUUCUCUCUUCUCAUCUUCAUUUAUGAUGAAAUCAGAAAGCUCAUCCUUAGACGGAACCCUGGAGGUUGGGUGGAGAGAGAGACAUAUUACUAGAUCAUCGUAUCAGCAUGAUGUUUGUGUGCUGUCGUUGUGCAGUUAUAGUAGUUUUGCUGUUUUGAAUUUAACAUCAGUACAUUUUACAAAUAUUUUUAUAUAGAACAAUUGUAGAACUGAGGUCCUGUUGGCAUUACACACCACACUAAAGAUAGACAUCGAAACACACAGUUAUGCAGUUAUUACUUGUGUAAUGUGAAUAAAAUGUGUUCAGUUCACUAAAGAUAUGGUCUCAUGAAAUAAAUGUACUUAACUUUUGAAAUGCAUGGAAUACAUCUGCCAACAGAAAUGUAAAGAGCAAAAAGCAGAACAAGCAUUAUUUUUCAGCAUAGCCGCAAGGUAUUAAGGGUUCUCUGUUGUUUAUAAAUCUCUGUAGUUGUAGAAGAUAUUGCAUGCUAGAAAGUUUCUGCAUUAUACUUGCACUCUGAAUGGAACUUGCACUCUUGAAUGGAGGCUAACAUCCUAACUGAAGAAAAGAAAUCAUGUUGGCCUGGAGACAAACCAGUAGCUCUAAAAUAUUUCAUUCAGAAUCUGAGAAACAGAAUGUGCCUUUGUUUCUUUUUCUAUUCAUUUGAAGUCUUCUGGAAUGUUAAGCCAUUCAUUGCCUUUCAUUAUCUUGCAAGUCACGAAUCUGGGGUCUUUCAUUUUCAAGUUGACUUUUAGUUAUAUGCUUUUCAAUCCAUCCUGGACCAUUUUUCAUUGUUAAUUUUUUGUAGUUCAUUUGAUUGCAAAAGGGUAAAGUUUAUGAUAUCAAGAAUUUCUUCGGUGUGUUGGAGGUGAAAAAUUAUUCAGACUUAAAAUAAAACAUUCAAACAGCCACACAGUGG